AAAUGCCUCGCGUUGCGUGUGUCCUGUGAAUUCUUUGGCUUAUGCAGAACUAGGCAAAAUGGCAACCGAGGAAGAGACAGAUAACCGUAAGAGUGAAGGAGAAUCAGGCUUAGGAGGCAGUGCCGCACAAAGUGAAGGGGGGCAGAAGGACAGAGAAUCGAUAAAUCCGGAUGGUACCAAAGGGAACCGGAAGGAAAUCUCCACAGGAGAAAGCUCGGGGAAAGCCGGGGGAAGCAGGCAAGGGACUCAGGAGACCAAGGAGGGCAGAAAUAAGGAUAGGACAAGGUUCCGAAACUCGGAAGGAGCCAUGUCUAAGAAAGUAAGGGUCACGAAUGCGAGGCGCAAACUAGCCGAGAUAGAAAAGAGGACCGCGGAAUACAAGGCAAGAUUGAUUGAGGAAAUGAUGACUGGGAACGAAGAAGGCCCUGUGCAGGAGGAACCCCGGGACGAAAGGAAAGCUAACCGAGGUGGGACUGGACAAGGGGAUAAAGGUAGUGACCGUGGGGAAACGCCGAGCAAGAGAAGGAAAGAGAGAGAGAACUCUCCGAGGAUGGAAGCAGAAAAGGCUACGACUCUGCCAGCCAUGGAUAGUGGGGCUAGCCGCCUGCCGUCCCCGCCAGCAGUAGCACGAGGAUGCGAAGGACUUUGGAACCUUAGAGAAAGAGUGUUGGGAUGGUUUGACCCGGAAGGAACUAUGAAAACCAGGAAGGGACAGAAGGCCGGCAAGGAAGGUCCGGAUAACAGUAUGGCAGGCGAGGCCAGCAGCUCCGAGGGUGGCCUUAAGAAGAUAGUGUCGUCCCUCGCGCGAGCACUAAACAAAAAUCAAGGCUACCUAGCGGAUGCUAAGAAAAAGUUGACGUUUGAUGGGGCGAACAUCACGGAAUUCCUGAUAGAUUACGAGAAUCUGGCUGUGUUGUUGAAAUGGACCGAAGAAGAGAAGAUGGACCACCUGGGGCAGCAUGUGUCUUUGAGCCUAGGGUGGGACAUAAUGGCCAUUGUGGCCGCGAGCSRGUCCUGGAAASAAACCYGAGAUGUGAUGAUGAGAAAAUAUCUGGCAGCAGAGAAGAUGGCAACGGAGGCCGAUUUAGCGGCAGUCCAGAGGAAGAACUUCGCAACGUACAAUGACUUCCUACGGGAGUUUACUUUGGUAGCACUAAGAAUCCCCGGGGUUACGGACCGAAUAAUGAGACCUAGGAGAAAAAUGAGAAAAGACAAGAGAAUGGAAUUCGGCAACGAGAACGACAGCGGGGCGAUCAACAGGCCUACCGGAGGGGGGGAAACCGGACCAAGCCAAGGGAGGAAGGCGACGAAGAGAAAGUUGUACAUAGGACUCAUGGGUGGGUCAGUGCUAGGCGGGGGUGGAAGGAAAUGCUUGUGUAGGAAACCCUCACCCCUCUGCAAGGGAGAAGGUAUAAAAAUCUCGUCUGAGAGUGAGGGAGGGAAGGAAAAGACAGAAGUGGAAGAAGGAGGCCAUGCAGAGGUGGGAGAUAAGAUUCAAGUCUCUGACGAGGAAGGAGUCAACAGGGGCAAGCGACGUGAGACUUGGCAUGGGGAAAGCGAGAGGGGACAAGACAUGUGCGGCGAACAUGAGGAGGGUGAGGAAAGAAGGGAAAGCCCGCUUGAAGGACAAAGCGGCCACGACAGUAGUGAGGGGUAUGGGACGGGGACAGAGAUUUCUUUUACCUACGAUCCGAAGAACCUUGCAGGUGGGUAUAGCCGCAUACAGACAGAAGGCGAGGAGGACGAGGAGGAGGAUGUACGAGAAGUCGUAGAAAUCAGCAGCGGGGAUGAGAGGGAUGAGAUCUCGAGACCUAGGGAAGAGGGGCAGCCUACGAUGCACCAGCCGGGCGACGGGGCUUUCAAAUGGGAGGACGAGUUUGGACCAACACCCAGUCAUUGGUUUCAGCAGUGGAGCAAUGUGAUCAGGCACGAAUGGAUUGUCAAGACUCGGGAACUCGCAAAGGCAGGGGUGGAAAUCACACCACUGGAUUUUUUUAGCGAGGCAGAGUUACGGAAAAUUGUAAGGAUAAGGAGAGAAAUCGAGACCUUCGGCCUGGGGGUUAGACAGCCAGCUGAGGAACAGGGUGGACCAAGAAACGAGCAAGUCGAGGCACAGGACAGCAAUACGCAUUAGAUGUUGAUUGAGUGUUGGGCAAGAAUCUUGGUUUUAUUUCUAAAUUGCAAAACAUUGGAGC